AUGAGUGGAAGCCCAGAAAGGAUCUCGUCUUAUCGCCGUCACUUUGAGGACAGCAGCAGCUCGUCCUACCAGGUCAGAGUGUCCAGCCCUUCCCCCAGUCGACGAGAUGGCCGUCACGGGUCCACUGGCUAUCCCUGCAGAGUCGGGCCCAGCAGCGUGCGUGUGGAGUCAGUGGGACGGAGGACCGCCUCGGCCGCACGCAGGUCUCGCAUGGUCGGAACAGGAGUCAGUUCAAGAGCUCUGGUGUGUGUUGGGCCAAGUGGAGAACCUCCCAUGGAUCUGGAUGUGGCUGCCGCCGUGAACCAAGAUUUUCUGAACACCCGCACCAGUGAAAGACAGGAAAUGGUUGUUCUCAAUGACCGCUUGGCUGUCUACAUCGACAAAGUCCGUUCUCUUGAGCAGCAGAACAAACUUUUGGAAGCAGAAAUCGAAGCCUACCAGAACCGCUUCCAGAAGCCAACUGGUCUGCGACUUUUGUACGAGGAACAGCUGAAGGAGCUGAGAAAAAUCGCUGAUCAGAUGAGGGUGCAGAGGGACAUUUCCUUGGCAGCCAAGGAGUCCACAGCUGCUCAACUAGAGGCUAUCAAAGCAAAAUAUGAGGAGGCAGUUGAGCUGAGGAAGAAGGCAGAAGCUGAUAUCGAGGCCUUCCGCCCAGAUGUGGACCAAGCGACUUCCUCACGCAUCGCUUUGGAGAAGAAACAGGAACAACUGGAAGUUGAAAUUGAAUUUUUAAAAAGGAUCCAUCGACAGGAAAUUGAGGAGCUGAUGAGACAGAUCUACGCAGCUCAAGUGUCAGUGUCGAGUGCCUUUGCUAUGCCCGAUCUAGCUGCGGCCUUGAAACAAAUCCAGACCCAUUAUGAUGAGAUUGCAGCAAAGAAUCUCCAGGAGAUGGAUUCAUGGUAUCAGAGCAAGUUUGACGAUAUCAGCAAGAAGUCAACAAAACAUGUCGACACGGUUCGGAGCUUUAGGGAAGAAAUAGCGGGUGCGAGAAAGGAUAUCCAGAACAAGGAGCGAGACUUGGACUCUUUGAGAACAAAGAAUGAAGCUCUUGAGGCUGAGAUUCUUGAGAAACAGAAAAAGUACAAGAAAGAGAUUGAAGACCAACAGGCACGUAUUGAAUCUCUGCAGCUUGAACUGAAAUCCAUUAAGGAGAAAAUUGCCUUGCACCUUCGCGAGUACCAGGACCUCCUGAAUGUCAAAAUGGCUCUUGAGAUAGAAAUUACAACCUACAGGAAACUAAUUGAAGGAGAGGAUCUGCGGCUGUCGGGUGUGGUGCAAACCUUGCAGCUCACCAGCUGUAGCAUGAGUGCCAUUGGUUCUGGGAUGGUUCCAGUCAGUGGAGGAGGCAUGGGCGGUGUAGGUGGAAUGGGUGGUGGAGUGAGUGCAAGUAAAGAUGGGACAGAAGCAAGGCCCAGUGGAGAUGAUGGAGCUACAGGAAGUGGAAGUGCAGGAGAUCGAAGAAAGGAGGUGGGAACUGGAAAUGGGCUAGGCAUUAGAGGGGCCCCGGGUCUGGAGGCUGUUGAUAGCAGGUGGGUCAGCAACAAUUUGGCUCCUGGAGGCUUAGGUUCUGACACAGGAGAGUUUGGUUCUGGUGGUCCCAAAUCUGCCAGCAAUCGAGUGAGUCCUGGCAGUACUGCUGGUGGGUUAACUCCAGGUAGCAAUGGUGGCAGUGUGAGAGACAUGGAUGUUGGAAGAUUUAGUCCAGCUACCAAGUUAGAUGGUUCAAGUCUCGGAGUUGUUGUUGACAGGGUUCCAGGCCCUGUAGGUACCGGUGCACGAGUGGUUGCUAAUGGUCUGGCUGCAGAAACCAAAACUUCUGUGGGAGGUGUCGACACGAGAGGUGAAAGUAACAAAGUGGCGAGGACUGGUGGUGCUAAACCUGGUGGCCUGGGUAAGGAUGGUGGUUUAGGAAUUGAUUCUAGAUCUGGUGUUGAUCAUGGAGAUGGAGGUGCGGGAGAUCCAAGUGGACCUGAGGUCUCCACUGUAAGACAGCAUCCCAGUAACGGUGGUUUGGGUCAAGGAGCCUUAAAUUCCACAACACAUCCAGGAGGUCUUGCAGGGACCAGCGGUUUCAGGAAAGACAAUGUAGGCUUGGGUGCUGAUGGAAGUACUGUAAGUUGUGUUUCUGGUCGUGGGGCUAAUGUCAGUAGCUCUGUGACUGCUGCGAAAACCAAAGAGGCCCCUAUUAAAGGAAGUUUUCAUGAUAACGGCGGGGACAAUCUUGCUAAGGGGACAAGUGGAUUGACUCAACGGGGUGAGACCAGGGCCAGUAGAGGAAGAAACGGAGUGAGAGUUGGCGGAAUUGGCUCUGACAGGAAUGACCGUGGCUCUGGCUUCAGAGAUGGAGUCAAGGCGGCAAAUGUAGGAGAGGCGUUGCCAGGUGUAGUCAAGACUAGUAAAGGAACGGGUGAUAUUGGUUGUGCUAUCAAGGGUUAUGGUUUUGAUGGGUCCUAUGGACAGGCUGUGGAGCUGACGGAGAGAAGAACAGUGCUCAUUAGAACAAUUAAACAUGCGGACGAUGUCCUGGAAAUGGAUCACCAGGAGCAAACCUACAUCAUCAGCGGCGCCGCGGAUGAUUCAGACAACGAGUGACCAGCACCAAUUCCCAAGUGACCAGCUCUCACCCCAAAGACCCGACGCCCCUUUGAGAUUUGCACUGACCAGUCCCCCAUGUCUGGACACUAACCUUUGCCCUUUGCCCUUGACAAGUCGACCAUGAAUACCCGUGUCCACUGAGUCAGUCCUUCAACUAUAUAACGUUUU